AGCGCCGUUUUAAUUUCAAUUUCAAUUUUUAAAAUAAUGAGUCAGUCGACCGUUGGAACCGGACGGAAGAAAACAAAAUAAUUAAAAAAAAGAAGAAGAAGAAGAAGAAGAAGAAGAAAAGGUUUCAUUUGGUUUCCAUUUUCGAAUUCCAAAACUCCAAAGCAGGAGGCAGAGGCAGGUUUCUAAGUGAUCUGAAUCCCAAAUUCGCAAAUCCAAUCCAAGCUUCCUCAAGUUCCAAGUUCCCCCACAAUGAUUACCAGACGCCAUGGCUGGCAACGGCCUCUCCACCCUUUGCAGAUAGUGGGAAUCGCGGUUUACAGUUUUCUGGUGGUGGCUUUCUAUACUUUCCUGGGGCUUUUCCUUGGCAACAGAAAAGCAGAAAUCACACUCACCACCAUCUUUUCCAUUGUGGCUCUUUCAGUUAUGUUUCUAUUUAUACGGUGCACGGCCAUUGACCCAACUGACAAAACUAGCUCCAGGAAGAAGAAUAAAAAACGCAAAUCUAAGCUAAAUUAUGGGUUCAUAAUAGGCCAGAUUGUUUUGAGGUUGUUCAGGAGGGUGGAAAGGAAAAUCCUCAAGUGUUUGAUAAGGAGGAAGUAUCUGGACCCCUGGAAGAGCAGCUCCGAUCAUUUGGACCCGCUUCUCCCUUUCCCUCUUGUCUUAAAGGACGACGCCAUCCCACCCCAGCCAAAGGAGGAUGACAUUAUCUCCUUUUGCACCCUCUGUGACUUGGAGGUUAGAAAACAUAGCAAACACUGUAGAUCCUGCAACCGAUGCGUCGAAGGGUUUGAUCACCAUUGCAGGUGGUUAAACAACUGCGUUGGCAAAAGGAAUUACACAACGUUCAUUCUCCUAAUGAUUUUUGUUUUGUUAAUGUUAAUCAUUGAAGGAGGAACUGCUAUUGUCAUAUUCAUCAGAUGCUUUGCAGAUAAAAAUGGAAUACAAGAGGAGCUCAAGAGGAGGCUUUACAUUGAGUUCCCAAGGGGGGUUCUUGCCACCAUAUCGGUUCUGUUGCUUUUGAUGACAGCUUAUGGUUCAGCAGCGAUGGGGCAGCUUUUUUUCUUCCAUGUGGUUCUCAUAAGGAAGGGAAUGAGAACAUAUGACUAUAUACUGGCAAUGAAAGAGGAAAAUCAAUCUGUGGAACUGGAUCCUCUAGAUGAUUUGGAUUGGUCUUCGGAUGAGAGCACUGAUUUCGAUUCACCUGAGAAGCCAGCAUUUGUGUCACGUUUUAUAUGCAGGGGACAAGGGAAUAAUCAGAAUCCCAAAAGGUUGUCCAUAAAGAUUGAAGGAGAUCCGCCAUCUUCAUUUGCCAAGAAACAAGGCUUCCGUGUCAGUAUUGAUCCAUGGAAACUGAUAAAGUUGAGCAAAGAGAAAGCAAUAACUGCAUCUGAGAAAGCCAGAGAAAAAAUUGUAAAGCAGAAGCCAACAAUAGAACGUGAUCCAUUAAGACCACUACCAUUGGAGACAAAAUGUGGACCUCUGACAAAUGCAGCAGAUCGGAACCGGUACAGUACAGCUGGACUAGGAUCAGGCUCAACUCCCCUUAUCACUAAAGGAUUGUUUCCAGGAUCACCAGGAAGGUUUUCGAGCCCAAGAAGGCGAUUUUCUUCUGGCUCUCCAACUAUGAUCUCUGGAGUGGUAGCCUCACCAAAGCACAAGUACAGAAGCAAUUUUGACCUGAAAUUGACAGAGGUGUCCAGGGAGCUUGAGAACUACAUUUCACGGCAGGCUCUAUGUUCUGUCAUAAAGGAGGAUGGGAAUGAAUCUUCCCCAAGACAAGGAUUUUUAUUUUAAAUUUUUUGGAUUCUCAGCCUUUGAGAAAGAGUUGCUUGUUAGUAGUGUUUAUUCUUUACACAUUAUUUAAAACUUGAGAGUAAGCAAACAUGGACAUGUAAAUUUUUCUUGUUCAAUGCAAUUUAUAUGUUUGAUUUAUCGAGCGAUUUAUUGAGCUGAAACAAGUUUGAGCCAGUGUGAACUUAUUUCCAUAUUAAUAAGACAUCAACUAUAAAUAAUUCAAAGCUGUAGCUUGUUAAGCUCAUGGACAGCCAUAUAUAUCAUUUUCGUUGCAUUUUUUUUCAAUUUU